CCAGCGCCGCUGCCGGGUGCUGAAGGCGCCAUUGGAGCCGGCUUGGCUUGCGAGCUCCGCUGAGGAGCCGGAGGUUGGCCUGCAGUUGCCUCCGCGUCCGCUCCUGGUCUCUGGCCCCUCGGCGGCAUGGCGUGCGGGGCGACGUUGAAGCGGCCCAUGGAGUUCGAGGCGGCGCUGCUGAGCCCUGGUUCCCCGAAGCGGAGGCGCUGCGCCCCUCUGCCCGGCCCCACUCCGGGCCUCAGGCCCCCGGACGCCGAGCCGCCGCCGCUGCUCCAGACGCAGACCCCACCGCCGACUCUGCAGCAGCCCGCCCCGCCCGGGAGCGAGCGGCGCCUUCCAACACCGGAACAAAUUUUUCAGAACAUAAAACAAGAAUAUAGUCGUUAUCAGAGGUGGAGACAAUUAGAAGUUGUUCUUAAUCAGAGUGAAGCUUGUACUUCGGAAAGUCAGCCUCAUUCUACAGCACUCACAGCACCUAGUUCUCCAGGUACCUCCUGGAUGAAGAAGGACCAGCCCACUUUUACCCUCCGACAAGUUGGAAUAAUAUGUGAGCGUCUCUUAAAAGACUACGAAGAUAAAAUUCGGGAGGAGUAUGAGCAAAUCCUCAAUACCAAACUAGCAGAACAAUAUGAAUCUUUUGUGAAAUUCACACAUGAUCAGAUUAUGCGACGAUAUGGGACAAGGCCGACAAGCUAUGUGUCCUGAAGCUUUCUUGCAUAUCUGGGUACCAGGUUUGACCUCAAGAGAUGGCUGCUGUACACUUUUUGCAACUGGUUUGGUAUCACAUUUCAGCUCCAACUUUGCAUCCUGAGAACACUUAAACGUUUCUGCAGGUCCAUUUUAUACAACUUGAAAGACCUUAAAACUUUCUGGUUGCCACAAGCAUAUCUUUCUUUUCUGCUCAUCCAAUAAACAGCUGUGCCCUACUGUGAUAGAUUUUCCAAACAAAAAUACCUGGAGCAGCAGUUUAGCAAAAUAUGCCCUCACUGGCACUCAGCAAAUGGAGAUUCCCCAAGCACAGUUCUGUAAGAAGUGUGUGUGUGAGUGUGUGUGAGUGUGUGUGUGUGUGUGUGUGUGUGUGUGUGUGUAUUUUAAGUUAUUAUUUGUAUUGUGCAAAUUUUUUUGAUCUUGGGGAUUCUGGCUGUGAAUUUGAUGCACGACAAUUAUGGUUAAAAACAUUUGCUUGGUCUACAGAAGAUCAUUAAUGUUUUGUGACCAUAUAAGUUGUAAUGGUGGAUUGUUUUAUGUGUAGGUAUUAUUGUUAAAUACAGGGACUGUUUCCAGGCACAGAAUAUGAAUCAUAAGUUAGGAUGGACAUUAGAUGUGAUUAUGAUGACAUAGCAAAGGUCUGUGGUCCUAGGUCUACAAAUGCGUGGUGAGGAAUUAGGACAAACUGGAGACGGGCCGUUUGACAUGUGGACUCUGCCCAGCCGUGUUGAAAAAUAUUGACUCCAAGCCUUAAAAUACCCACAUGGAGUCUGUGCUCACCUCAUUCACACAGAGAGCUCCCUGGACACUGAACCUCUAAAAAGAAAAAGUCUCCCCUGGAGCAGGAGCAUCAGGGUUUUCUCGGGAGCACGACACAGGUGAGCGCGGGGCUGGGCCAGCCCCUGGUGGCACUGCUACUUGGGAGGAGCCGCUUCGCCUUUGAAUCGGUUAUUACAAACAGAAUUAGGAUCCUUUGGUCAGGUUCCCCCAAAUUCUUUUUAGGAGGUGACCACGUUCAACUGCUUGAGCUUUGUUUUGGCAACCCCCUGCCCAAAGUUGCUUACAGACUGUUCUUCACCUUGUUCCGAGACCGAGGAACAGAAAGUAGCCUCUGUUUUGAGGAGGUGGAAGUUAAGUAUACAUUUAUUUUUUACUGUGACUUGUUCAGGACCACAUUUUACAAAAUGCCUUGUUUCCUUUAUCAUUGUUUCUGGAAAGGAGAGUUCUAUUAAAAUUGUUUUAGUUUGAAUAUAGAAUAGUUUUAUUAAUUAGGGCUUAUUUUGAAAAAUUCUGAGUUUAAUUCAAAUGUACGCCAGUACCUUCCAAAGUAAGGUAAUAUUCAGAGACAGUCGUUCUGAUCAGAUGGCUUAGAGAAAUUCUGGAAUAUUCAUAUUCGAAGAUUCCUUAUUAAUGAAUGUCUUUGACUUAAAUCUAACCAAAAACUGCAACAUUAUUCUUUGUACAUUUUCAUUAUAUAGUGUUAACAAGCUUAGUUGCAAACAAAUAAAAUACUUAAGCUAUUUGUUUA